GGCGGUGCAUUUUCCCGAGGAAGUGUCAUCAUUACGUUCCCAUCCCACGCACAGCGCGUGGGCCGGAAUACGCUCCUUGCCACGUGUCAGCCCCUCGUUGGUUUCCCCAUCGGUGUUUCUCCUAUAAAUGCCGGGUUUUCCCUCUGAAUUAGGGUUCCCAAUUUCUGCUAUCUUGCUUUCGACUUUCCGCAGCUCUUCAAGUCUUCUUCUCCGCUUCCGAAUUCGGCUAACCCCCUUGUAAGGUUCUCCGCCAGACAGAGACCAGAUGAAUCACGCCGAGUGCCUGAAGACAAGGAAGGCCAAGGCGGCCGCUGCUAAAGCCGCACUGGCGAAAGCCAAAAACGCCCCCCGCCUCGGAGUCCAACUCAUCGGCUUCUGAUGCUGCCCGGCGAACUGCUGAUGGUGAGCAGCAUUUAAUCGCCACCAUGCUGGCUCAGGGUUCUGGGGCCCCUGCUCUUGAAGCUGCCCUUCCACCGCCGGUCGUCCCUUCGAAGGCGGCCCCUCAAAGGGGGACGGAGAAGGUCCCUGAGAAGAAACAGAAGAGGGGCCGCGAGGCAGGCUCCACUGGUCCCCUGCUUGAAGAUGCCGGCUCUCUGCCGUUGAGCCGCCCGGCGGAAGAGCUUUGGAGGGAGAUGGCCCUCAAGGCCGGUCUCGAACUGCCCCGCCGUUCGUCCUCUGAGGCAACCAGCGCUGCCCUGGCAGCCGCUCUUCUGUCUGGGCUUCUGGUCCUUCAAGCCGAAGCUGCCCGGGAGGCCGACCUGAGAGAGGUCAAGGCCAAGGCCGAUGCGGCUGUCGCCACUGCCCGGGAGGCCGCCCGUCGAGCUGAGGCGGAGGCUGCAGCCAAGGGGAGGGAGAUUGCAGCCCUGCAGGCUGAAUCCCGCAGCCAGUUGGCCGGUCUUGAGAGAGCCGGUUUCAAGCUUGUUCCGGUGUUCCCUGCCGCCAGGGAUGCCGCUCCGGAGUGGUUGGUCGACACCUCCGGCUACAGGAACACCGGGGAAUUCAUGGAUUCCGCCAAGGAUUAUUGCGCCGGGGCCUUCGGUGAUGUAUUCUCUGCGGCGCUGGCGAAAAUCCCGCCCCGGCAGCGUCUGGCGUGCGGCGUGCGGAUCCUGGAGAGCUCCCCCUUGUCGCAUAAGUUCCUCUACGAGGUCGGCGACAGCUCCUUCGCCGCUGGCUACAAUGAGGGGGUCAAGGCCACUCUUCCCAUUUUCUCGAGGCUGCAGGGGGCCGACUUCGAGCUUGCUGCAAAUACAGACGACGAUCUGCUGCUUCAAGCCUUGGGGAAAUUGGGGAGAGACCAACGGUGGGAGGAGGCCAAGGCUAGAGGGGAAAUUCCGGAACCCCCGUCCCCCGAGCCCGAAACCGAGGAGGAGGAGCAGAUCCCGGGAGGCAGCCGGCCUGAGUCCCCUUUCAUGGUGUAAAUGUAACUUGUAAUCUUUUCAUUUUGCGCUUGUAAUGCCCGGCCGUUAGAGCCGAAGAAUA